GUUACAUUAGCAUCUCCAGCAGCAUACUGAGGGGGAAUCACAGAAAGAGAGAGAUGGAGAGAGAGGGGGUAGAGGUUGCGGAGCAGGGGUAAUCACCGUCAGUCAGAAAGAGAGAGCGAGAGAGAGAGUGGACAGUGAGAGCAAGAGAUGCUUUACAGAGGAACUGUGGAGCGAGCAAGAAUGUAACAGGCAGACAGAAGGAGGAGUGCAGAAGAGAGAGAGAGAGAGACACAGAGGAAAGCCGCUCUUUUUCUUUCCCCUUCCACACACUAUUACACCUGCUCUCUCUCUCCGCCCCACCUUGCCUCAGACCCUCAAUAUUGGGCUGUUCCCUCACUCCCCUCCUCCCUCUCUGCCUCCUCCUGUCGUACACGCUAGCGCUUGUUUCGGGCUGGGAGUGUGGCGCACCUCUCUCUCUCUCUAAUCUCGGUUGGUUUUGUCUCUCACUGCUCUGCUUCUGCUCUCACCGGGGACUCGUCGUCGGGAAACGGGAAUACAAACAUGGGAGUGACAGGCAGAUUGACUGCGGACAUGAUGGGAAUCGUAGUGGGAUUGAGCGGGAACGCCACUGGAUUUUCCCAACAAUUCCCUCUCCCUCCCACCGACAUGCAGGAUUAACCAGGAACACCAGUUGGAUUCCCCCAGUUCCCAUCGGAGUAGACACCUGCUGGAGCACCUCAGCCUGUAUGACUACGACUGGAGAGAAGGAGAAGAGACAUAAAGAGAGAUGAGAGAAGAGGCUUAUGAGGCUUUCCAAGCCUCGGCCAAAAUGUGACAUUUAUUUGAGGAUUUUGAAAAAGGUCAAGACUAGAGAUUAUAAAAGAGGGGGGUAUUAGUAUAUGGCCCCCCCAACGAGAGUGGAUUUGAGAAUGGGCCCUGUUUGGCUCCUCUUGUUGCUGCUCACACCACUUCUUUCAGCACAGGUUAGCAUAGUUUCUGAAUUGGGGACUACAGCCGAGUCAGAGGACCCAACGUCAUCCGUUGUGAGCGCUACAGGGGAGUCGGGCACCCCCUACAGCCCUGAUCCCUCAGGGUCGGUCACGACCCCCUCGGAAGCCCCAGAGGAGGACUGGACGCCGGCAGAGGUCUUUCUCUACAGCGGGGAUGACUCUGUCUUGGAGAUAGUGGAGUGCGACCGGGCGUACAGUCUCACGGGUCAGAACGGCCCCCUGCCGCGGGGGUUCUAUGGCCCCCUCCGACCGUCCAUGGACGCCCUGGCCAACACGGCCAACUUCCUCAACAUGAUCCUCCAGGCCAGCGACCUGCGAGAGAGCAGUGUGCGAGAGGACAUGGAGUGGUACCACGCCAUGGUGCGUGCCCUUCUGGAGGCCGACCCACUCAUCCGGCAGGCCCUCCUCACCUUUGACGCCGACCCAGCCUCCACCGCCCCCCAGCUCGUGCUCCGCGCCUCCCGGAACCCUGCCCCCCCCAGGUACCAGAACAUCCUCCUCCAGGACCUCUCUAGCCAAUGGGAAAGUCUGCACCUCCCGGCCCCCGCACCCGACGACACCUGGUUCAGCAGUUUCAAGUUUCCCGCCUCCUCAAACCAGCCCACCUCAGCCCUAUCUAAAAGAGUCCUCCUCAAUGACCUCAGCACCCUGGACACGCCCAAAUGGGGGCAGGGCGAUAGCUACGUGACCAAUCGCAGCGGGGUGCGCUGGGCCAAAGGGCCAUUCCUAGAGUGUGAGGACGGACGCUUCCUGCCGGGCUGGCUGCUCACCCUAUCCACUUCCUUCUACGGCCUGAAGCCCGACCUCAGCCCUGAGUUCAGGGGUGUAAUCCGUGUGGAUGUAAACGUACAGGGCUUUGAUGUGAACCAGUGUGCCACGGGGGACGCUUGGUUUGCCAACACACACCAGUGCAACCGCACCACCAUGGAGUGUGAGUCAAUCACAGGCCAGGGAUUCAGAUUGGGCCAGUACUGCUGUCGCUGCAAAGAGGGAUACUACAGCCCCCCAAUGGACGAAGGUGGUGCCCUGAACGGCAGUGGUGGGGAGGAGGGUGGCGUGUGUUACCCGGCCCUGCCCAUCUGUCUCCCCUGUUGGCCGGGCUGCAGGCGCUGCGAGGACGGCUCUCCCUGUUGGGUAGAGGAGGACUGGUUCCUCAGAGCCGGGGUGCUGGCCGUCCAGGGCUUCUUCAUGUUGCUGGUGUUCAUCAGCAUGCUGGUGGCCUACCAGUUCAGAUGCAGCAGGAGGAUUCGGGCAUCGGGUCUCCUGCUUUUGGAGACCAUCCUGUUUGGCUCUCUGCUCCUGUACUUCCCGGUUUUCAUCCUGUACUUCAAGCCCAGCACCUUCCGAUGCAUCCUGCUUCGCUGGGUGCGACUUCUGGGCUUUGCCAUCGUCUAUGGAACGAUAACACUGAAGAUAUAUAGGGUUCUCAAGGUGUUCCUGUCGCGCACAGCCCAGAGAGUGCCCUACAUGUCCAGCAUACACCUGCUGAGGUUGCUGGGAGUCAUGGUUGUGACCGUCAGCUGGUUCCUGUGUGCGUGGACCGCGGGCGUUCUACAGAACCGUGACCGUAACGUUCCGUUACUGAUCAUAACGAACACGUCGGAUGGUCAGGGCUUCAGCCUCUGUGACCUAGACCGCUGGGACUACAUGAUGGCCGUGGCCGAGCUGAUGUUUCUGUGCUGGGGCAGUUUACUGUGCAGUGCUGUGAAGCCAGUGCCCUCAGCCUUCCACGAGCCUCGCUACAUAGGUAUCGCCAUACACAACGAGCUGCUGCUAUCCUCCAUGUUCCACCUGCUACGGUUUGUCAUGCCCUCUCUGCAUCCUGACUGGAUGCUGUUGCUGUUCUUCACCCAUACGCACAUCACUAUCACUGUGACACUUGCCCUGCUCUUCAUACCCAAGUUCCUCCAUGUGUCAAGGGCGGGGAGAGAGGAGAUUGCAGAGGAGGUGUAUGAGGAUGAGGUGGACUUGCGGCGAUCCGGCUCGUACCUCAACAGCAGUUUUACCUCAGCAGUUUGGAGUGACCACAGCUUGGACCCCGAUGACAUUCGGGAUGAGCUGAAGAAAUUGUAUGGUCAAUUGGAGGUCCACAAGACCAAGAAGAUGACAGCAAACAACCCCCACCUGCAGAAGAAGCGCAUCUCUCGGCGCGGGCUGGGCCGGUCCAUCAUAAAGCGUAUCACUGAGAUCCCAGAGUCCAUGAGCCGACAGUGCAGCCGCGACGGCAAAGAGGUCAACUUGGGCAGCAGGGAUGUAACGCACGCCGAGUCCUGUAAGAGAGCGCCAGAUACUUUUAGCAUAAAUUACAAAGAUGAACCAGUAAAGCAGCCUUCACCGGUGCUGCGUAAAUCUCAAAGUGACUAUGACUAUGUAACCGAUAAAGACCCCUCCUUACACGACACCAUGUUAAGGGCGAAUCUAGCUAAGAGAUGCUCACAGCGCUCUGAGACAGACUCGCUGGAUAUCGCACCAUUGGUCUGUAAAUCGGCCAGUGCCCAAAACCUUACAGUCGAUAACAAUCUCCUGCUUCCUGGACCUACAAAGCUACACAAGUCACUGAGUUUAGCGUCCAGUAAAACCCACAGUCUGGAAGACACCUACCGGGUAGGCAGAAAUACUCCAGGCGAGCAAAGGCAGUCCCAACAGGAUAUCGCUAUCAAGGACCAGACCUCAAGUGCCCUUGUGCAAUCCCAGUCUUAUGACAAAGCCGAAGUGUGUCCCUGGGAGCUGGCGGAGGAACGCCCUGCCAAUAAGAACCAGCCACACGUUACCUUUGCUCCCUCCGAGGAAGAACCACAGAGCCCAGAGAGUAUAUCAUCACCAAUACUGAAACAUAUUUGCCCCUGGGACCAUUUACCAGUUCCUAACCCCGCAGAAAGUCCUGCUGGGGAUUCACAAGGGGGAGAGGCAGAUUGCGAGUCCCCGAGACCCCAGGCUCCCAUCUCCACUAGUGUACCUGGGUCCCCAAAGGCCGCAAACGACACGCGGGUCUUCUCCUUCCGCACUUCCACCCAGAAAUGGCUCUCUGUCAAAUCUUUCGUAGGAUCUGUGGAUGCAAGCAUCAAGGAAAAGGCCAAAAAGGAGACAGCAGGAGAUACGGUAAAAAAACAGGACUCAAUAUCACGAAAGACCCAGGGGAGUGUUGCCGCCAUCGCCGUCAUCGCAGCAUUAAAAUUAAAAACUCCAAGCACUUCAAGCGCAGAAGCGAAAUCGCGAAGUGUUUCAAACUUGGAGAAGAAAUGUGGUGUUUCAAGCGUAGACAAGAGGACACAGCAAAAAAGAAGUAUGACAACAGGAGAUGUGAAACCUGUCCUCGUGAAACAGGCUGCAAUCAGAAUGUCCUCAAUUGAUUCCUCUGAAAGAAGUCCUAGGAGAAUAGUGGUUGUACAGUCCACUGUCUAUCCCUGGGACUCAGAGGACAUGCAAAAGGACAGUGUGUAUGAAAACGUGUUCAUCUCAAGGGAAAACACUGCACAUAGCACAGCUAAGACUCCUUCCACUCACAGAAGAGGUAGCCAAAUUAGGCCUGCUCUGAGUUUUUCCCAAUCAGAGAUUUGCCCAUGGGAUGUUCCUGCUUCCUCCCAGCAGGCCCCACAGAGACAACAGAGCACCACAGCAGACAUCUGCCCGUGGGAGGUGGAGGAACCAGAGGAGGAUCCAAAGGCACCUGCACGUGUCAGUGUAUGUCCUUGGGAAUCAGAAGGAGUAUUUAAAAGACAGGAGAGUGUCCGGGGAGAUGUAUGCCCUUGGGAAGCUGAUGUUUCCGCCAUCCCAAUUACCUCAGCGUCCAAACAGUCUGAGAAGAAACCAGAGGGUCUGAACAAGAAAGCAACAGAUGUAUGUCCUUGGGAAACUGAUGAAACCCCACAGAUUUCUCACGGCCUGAAACCCCAAAAGAGUGUACGGGUUGAUGUCUGCCCUUGGGAUGUGGGGGAUUCCUUCUCUGAAAAAGUAAAGGUGCCGAUUAUUUAUGAAAAUGUUAAUCCACAGGAGGACAAGGGAUUACGUAAUGCGCCACCAAAAUGUCAGGAGACAAUACAUGCCAAUGUCUGUCCAUGGGAAUCUGAAGAGACACCAAAAUCCCAAGACGGUGAACGAAAGAAUGUCUGUCCUUGGGAACCAACAGACACGGCAAGCAUGGGGAAACAAGAUGUACAAACAAAAAGCACAGAGCAAGCUAAAUCUGCAUCUGAAAAACUAAGUGUCCCCUUAGCAAAAGCAUGUCCAUGGGAAUUCCCUGACCCACAGAAAGAUUUGACAGUACUUUGUCCUUGGGAAGAGGAGAGUACAAUGCCACCCAUAACCAUAAAGAUCACCAAAAGAUCAUUUUCCCAGGAGACCACUGUGGCAAAAACAGACAUUUGUCCAUGGGACAUUGGUGACCAAGAAAAGACAGAUGGAAAAGACAGCCCUUGUACAAAUGUUUGUCCUUGGGAAACUCAAGGCAGAACUCAAGCUGAUCCAAAAAAGACUGAUGGCAUCCGAGUAAAUAUUUGUCCUUGGGAGACUGAGAAACCAGAGAAAACAGAGCAGCAAGACAGCAGUCCGGCUAUUGUCUCCAUAGAAACAGGAAAGACUAAAAGACAAGACAGCCUUCUAGCAGAUGUUUGUCCUUGGGAAACUGGGGCAAAUGAUGAGCCAGACAAGACAAAAAGACGAGAUGGCACUCAAACAGACGUUGGUCCAUGGGAAACUGAGGAGCUAAAACAGACAGAGGAGAAAGAUGGUGUCAAAGUUGAUGUUUGUCCUUGGGAACCUGGAGAGACUGACAAGACAAAUGGACAAGACAGUACUGAAGCAGAUAUCUCCAAGGAAACACAAAAAGAGAAAAGACGAGACAGUGUUCGAGUUAAUAUUUGUCCUUGGGAAACUGAUGUCACCGAAGAACCAGAAAAGAUGAAAAAGCAAGACAGUGUUCGGGCAGAUGUUUGUGAAUGGGAAACUGGUCCAGCGGAAGAGUCAGAAAAUACUCAAAUCCAGGACAGCACCAAGGCAGACAUUUGUCCAUGGGAGACCAGGGAUCCUAUAGAACCAGAGAAGAUAAAAAAGCAAGAAAGUGUCCGAGAAGACGUUUGCUCAUUGGAAACUGAUGAACCAGCAAAGUCUGCAGAGAAAGAGGAAACUAUCCUUGCCAGUGGCAGACAGGACGUCACAGAGACCCAGGGUGCACUCUCUAUGGAACAGGGUGACGCUGCAGAACCUGCAGCCGGCAGCACGCAGGGGGCAGAGGCAGCCAAAGCUAACGUGCCCCUGGCUCGGCGUGAUGCUAUGUGCCCUUGGGAGAUGGAAGAGACCAAACCACCAUCAUCCCCCUCAUCCAUCACAGAACACGACAAUAACUCUGACAUUUUUACAUGGGAUCCUGAAAACAUUCCUGAAGAGGAAGAGGAGGAAGACGAUGCCGAAAGUGCUGCAGAAGCCUUCGUCUUCCCAUCCGACUUGUAAAUGCCAGGCCUGUCAGUUACUGGCUGGAACAAGAAUUUCUCAGUGGGUGGUUACACCUGAUUCUUUGACUGGGUCACUGUGCAAAGAUGUCCUAUAGCAGGGGGGGUAAUGAAUUGGACAUGACCUCUGCACACCUGAAUGUAGCAAAGGCGCCCUGGACUGUCCAUCCAUAACACUCCCCAGAAAGUCACUGCUCCACAAGCAAUACACCCCUGGGCCAGGAUCUGCAAAUGCUCUGCCCACCAGAGGUACACCCCCUCCCAGGUUCUCAAUCAGAGAAAGUAUCCGGAUGCAGUCCCUCUUCUUCUUUCCACUUUGACCCAAUUUUAGAUAAUGAAUAUUGUUUUCUGUGUCUCUUUGUGUGUUUAUAAGUGACAAUGCGCUCUUCUGUAAUCACACAUUUAAAACCCCAUCGCCAUGGCUGUAAAAGGUUGACAACGCGUUUCAAAAAAUAACAGCCCGAGCCUUACGAAGCUGGCGAUAACCCCUUAUAGACACACGGGGAAAUAAUCUACACUAGACCAGUGCUCCUUCAGCUUAACUGGGAAGCACAUCCAGCAUUUUUGUAAAUCACUGAUUACAAAUGGUGGUGAUGCAUGUCCUUUUUGUUGCCUGCUAUAAACACAUUCCAAACACUUUAAGGACAGCUUUCCAGCUGUAAUAUAAAUCUGUGCUUUUUCAAAGUCAAUUGUGUCAAUUAGACAGUCGUGGCUACAAGGACAUCAAAUUUAAUGUCAGUCCUGUAGAUCAACAACAUGAUCACGUCCCCACAGGCACAGUGCUAAUAUUAAUAAUAUAAUACAUCGAACUUUAACAGAGAACUUAAAAUCGUUCUAAUUCAAUACUGAUUGAGCUAUAAUCUGUUAUUUUGAAUAAUUUACAAUAGCAAUUUUAUUAGCGGAAUAAUAAAUACAUUUUUUUAAAUUUUUUAAAUUUUUUUUUUUUUAAAUACGUGUGUGUAUUUGGAGGAUGCACGACCAAAACUUUUUUUACAUUCUUUGUUUUAAGCAUACAACUCAACUUGGAAACAGUUGCCCUAAAAACAACUGCACCUCAGUAUAGUCCCACUAAAACUGUACAUAAGGCCCUUGUCAUUGAUGUAUUUACCAUUUCCAUGCUUUAUUUACCAAAUGUAUCCAUCCAUAUUUGACACAUCUCCUCAUUCAGUGAAAAUGAAAAUUUUGUGCAGUGGUGAUAUCGUCUUCAUGCUUUGCCUCGUGUUAUCCGCAAUGGACCAACUUCGUUCUGUGAGUGUUUUUUUUAUGCAUGUAAGGUGUUUUUUGAAUGGGUGUGCAAUGUCAUUUUGUUAAAUAGAAUCAAAUACCAUCAUCAUUACACAAUGCAUCCUUUUUGUAUGCAUGUUGAAAAGUAUUUCUGUUGAUUUCAGUUAUUUUUGUAUGUAUUGCCGAUGAAAAGUACAGAUUAUUCUGAUAUAAAUAUACAUUCACUGAAAUCCAAAAAGGUAUGAAAAAAAAAGAGAUGGGACAUUUUAUUUUUGUAUUUUUUAAAGUAAUAUAUUCACCAUUGAAAUAAACCAUACAAUCUCUACA